AUGAGGCUGACGCGGAAGAUGGUGCUGUCCCGAGCCAAGGCCUCGGAGCUGGAGAGUGUGCGAAAGCUCAACUGCUGGGGCAGCCGCCUGACAGAUAUCUCUAUAUGCCGGGAGAUGCCCAGCCUGGAAGUGAUCACCCUCAGUGUCAAUGGUGUGUCGAGCCUGGAGCCUGUACGUCAGUGCCAGCGCCUUAGCGAGCUCUAUCUGCGCAAGAACUGCAUCUCCAGUCUGGCCGAGCUCUUCUACCUGAAGGGCCUGCCACGCCUGCGGGUGCUGUGGCUGGCUGAGAACCCCUGCUGUGGCCCUGAUCCCCACCUCUACCGCAUGACCGUCCUGCGCAACCUGCCCGGCCUCCAGAAGCUGGACAACCAAACUGUGACAGAAGAGGAACUAUCCCGAGCACUGAUGGAGGGGGACGAGAUCACCGCUGCCCCGGCUAGAGAGGACACGGAGAACGGUUCACCCAGAAUGUCCUUUACCCUGAGGUCCAUGGACCCUUCAACUGAGACAGAGCAGGACUCACUGGGCUUCAGCACUGCCGAGGCGAGCAGUGUCCAGGAGCACCUGGGUGUGAGGCCCACAUCCCAGGACCAGCCCUCCUCCUUCCCUCCACGAGAGCCGGAGUCCACCAGCAGCCUCAAGAGCAGAAACAAUGUACUCACUGCCGUCCUGCUGCUGCUGAGGGAGCUGGAUGCUGAGGGGCUGGAGGUCAUUCACCAGACUGUGGGCAGCCGCCUCCAGGCCCUGCACAGACGUGAGCUGCAGGAGGACAUGGAGUGA